AUGAGUCUGCCGCCUCCGGCGCAACGCGGCAGCCACUCGCCGCCGGCGCUGAUCGACGACGCCAUGAGCGAGAUCUUCCUCCGCGUCCCCGCGGACGACCCCAAGACCCUCGUCCGCGCCGCCGCCGUCUGCACGACCUGGCGCCGCAUCCUCUGCGACCUCAUCUUCACCCGCCAGUACCGCGCGUUCCACGGGGCGCCACCCAUGCUCGGCUUCCUCCGCAACACACGCCAUGAGAGGUCAUGGGGAAAAGGUAGAAACAAAAACCACGAGCAUUACGUGGUCUCCAGCUUCGUCUCCACCGCGUCCUUCCGCUCGCCGGCGUGCCACGAGCGCCGCCACUGGCGCGUCCUCGACUCCCGCCACGGCCUCGUCCUCUUCCACACUCCUAAAAGGGACGAGGACUUCGUUGUCUGCGAUCUCGUCACCUACGACCGGUGGAGAAUCAAGGCCAGCCGUGAGUGCUCCGACAUCAUCUGGGGUGAUGCCACUGACGAAGAUGAGGACGAGCAAGAGGAACAUGUUGAGAACGAUGGCAUAACCUGGAAUGCGGCCGUGCUCUGUGCUAAGGACCGAUGCGACCACACGUACUGCCACUAUGGCCCUUUCCUGGUGGUUCUCUUGGGCUCCGACGAGGACCAGGGUAUCACAUUUGCCUCUGUCUAUUCAUCGGCGACUGGGAAGUGGAGCGACAUGAUCUCCAUUGAGGACCAAGAGGACAUCGAGAUGGCGGGGCACACUGCUGUUGUGGGAGAUAAGGUCUAUUUCCAAUGUGAAAAUGCCGUAACUACUGUGGAGUACAACAUUGGUGAGAAAGAACUAUUACUGUUUGAUCGGCCAGUGGACGACGACGAGGACGUGGACCUGCCAAGAGCUGAUCUCAUUGGGGUGGAUGAUGGCAUGCUGCUGUUCGCGACAGUCCAGGGGCCUAGACUUUACCUAUGGUCAAUGGAGGCUGGUCCCAACGGAGCUGAGGAAUGGGCACGACGCAGGGUCAUCGACGAACCAGUGCUCCCUCCUCCGGCCCUCUAUGAUAUGUCCGUAGUUGGUUUUGCAGAAGGUAUUGGUGUCAUCUUUUUGAGUACUAAGGAUGGGUUGUACACAAUUGAGCUCAAUUCAGGCCGAAGCAAGAAGGUACACGGAGAUAAAUCUGUCGAAAAAGUCAUGCCCUACAUGAGCUUCUACACUAAAGCAUGGGGGCGGUCGCCGACCUCUGACUAGGCUUGACGAGCAUCUGUUGGUGCUACAGUGAUGUAAUGACGUCAAGACGAUGGACCUGUUUCUCUUUGGCUGCCCAGGGUGAACUUGAAGUGAACUUCGUGUUGUCUUUGCUGCUGGCCGUUUCGGACAGUUUGGCUAGGGUGGAUGCGCUGUUGUUUUACUUGUGCUAGCCAAGACUUCAGUUCGUUUGUGUGAGCUGCGUGUACUGUGUCUGUAACCGGUAACAGUAACUUGUGUGCGCAAAC